UGACAACGCAACUGGUUGUGUAGAAUGUCCUUCCAAUGUGAUGAGAAGACAUGUCUCGACUAAAGGCUUGAUGUUCAAAAGCAAUGCGUCCAGUCGCUUUUAAAAUACCUCCUAAAGUAAAGAAAUAUUGGAAAAGGAAUAAAAACGACUCCAGAAAACAUGAAUGAGGAAACUAUUUUAAAACUAUCCGUAGUUCUACUCUGUUUCCUUUCUCUGUUGCUGCCGCUUGUGUUGUUUCUGGUUGUCUGGUUGAGAAGAAUACAAAGCCGUGUAGACAGCAUAUCAAACGAGUGGAGCGUUCUUUGCAAACUAGCACCCAGCGAUGAACCUUUAACACCAGCAACAGAGACUCAACACGAAAUUCCGAACGCUCUCUCCGAUUCUUUGGUAAUUUUCAACCAACAAGCGGAAGGUUCCGACGAAAAUAACACUUGGAAACAUAUCCCCAGAGGUUUUGUUUAUUCACAUGUCUACGACGAUGAAGAUAGACCCCGUCCGGAUGAGGAACAAUCUGCUUGUCAGUCUCAAGAGGAUGCCAGAGAAGUAGACGAUGAAUCAAAUAGCCAAGAACAAGUAAUUCCGGAUGCCUCGACCCCAGUGGCAUCAUACCUGCAAAUAGUGGAUGAAAAUCCUGCAAUUGUGGGAGUCUCUUUAAGUGAACGCCCCGCGACGGACGCGAAGCAAGACAGAAAAAUUAUCUUUGUAAGUGCUGGCAAUACGGACGACUUAAAUCUCCUUGCAGACUACGAUGACUGUCAGGUAAAUGAGAAUACUGUAAUAGAGAUGGGUACAGAGAAUGGAAACGAUAUUCCGCAAAACUCAGAGGCUACUGAAACGGGUGAACUGGAAUGUGUGGUUUUGAUUGAGGAUAGGAAACAAACAAAUGAAGUUUUAUUAGAACUAUCAAACGUAACGAGCCCCCCUGCUGAAGAAGUGCAGAAUGGAACCUCAACUCAAGGAGGGCAGGAGGAAGACGCAGAGAGGAGUGACAAAAAGGUCCUAACUAAAGAGGGUUGCAGAGAUGCCUCAGAAAAUUACUGCAAAGCACCAUCCACGUCUCUAGAGGGUGGUGUCGAGGUAAGCCCUCCAAUGGGCGAAAUUACAGAGAAAAGAGUCACGAGUGAAACUCGGCCUAAGCCGAAACCACGCCUCUCCAAGAAAAAGCACGGUAGAGUGAACUCCGCGGUAAAGGAGAAAACGUUUAAUUCUUCACCUCAUGUAAAGAAUCCCAAUGAAGCUGAAUCCCAUUGCAACAGACCUGGCCAGGAGGCAGACCGAUGGAACGUACCUGUGAUUCUUGACGUUUGUGAUUCACAACAACUCGCCCAACAACACAUCGCAUCUUCCCCUAAAACAGCAGUUAAGUCCAAGAAAAACACCAAUGAAAGAAACAAUGACCAAGUUGUUAAGGACGUGGGUCAUUCCAAAGGCAAGUCCAAGGUAAAUGAUGGGGAAAUUUCAAACUAUGAGUCAGUGGUUAUAGUGGAUUCAGUCAAUGAAGGCAAGAAAAUGCCCCCAUCGGCCAACACCCAAGAAGUGACGCGAAACAUUGAGUCAACUGGUGUCAUCUCUCAGCUACGAGGCUUUCUUACGAACAGAGCAAGCGAGACUCAGAACCCUGAAAAAAGGGCUAAAACUGCUGUGAGACACAGCUACCCUGCUAAGAAACAAGGAAAUAUUAAUGAAGACUAUAGAGGAAAAGGAAAGACGGCUAAACGGAUGUCCUUUCCGCAUAAUCCCGAGGAUCUAAACCGACAUGAGCAAGGCGUCGUGAAGCAUGACAGGACUGUGCUUAGUGUUGCUCAAGAAAAAACGGGAGCAGCUUCAAAGAGCAAUCAAAAUUGCAACAAGCCAGGUAUUAGUGAAGGUAACACCUCUGAAUAUGAAAUGGUAGUUACGUCAGUGGACGGUGGAAAAAAGGAACCCGUGACAGAUAAUGGUGACUCGUCAGAUAUAAUUUCCCAACUCCGAAGCAUUCUUCACAAAGGAAACACAGCUAGCGCCGAUAACCCUGAUCUAAGGCAUGAAAAUAAAUGCGGUGUUAAGAAUGAAGAACAUAAGCGCCAUGCGACAGCAGCAGGUCAAAAUAAUGAAAACACACCUGAGCAAGUUUACUCCAACCUCGAUGAAGAAGGCAACGAAAUUUACAGCGAAAUACCCUUAAGUGCGUCGGAAAAGAAAGCGGGAACUACCAACAAUGAUCACGAGGAAGUUCACAAUUUAUCAGAACAAGAACCAUUCUACGUCAACCUUCCGUUCCAACAAGGGUUAAUCAACUAUAACGAUGGCCCUGCCCUGAAACCUGAUGAGCAUGAACCUCCAAUCUACAUUAAUAGCGACAUUAUUGAUAUUUAAAUGGAAGUACGAAAGCAAUUGCUUUCAACGCCCUCUUGGCUAACCUCGUGUAACAGGACAGUCAGUAAAACGAUCCUUUAUUCUCUUCUCAUUGACUUUUCGGUCAGUGGUCGUCGUUAAAAAUAAUUCUAGGGUAAGAAUAUGGAGUUGGCCAUUUAACGUUCGUGUAACUUGGUAGAGAAAGUUACUGAAGAAUCGGGCAUUGUAAUGCAAGUUUUUCUAAACGUGCAGGGCCGUAGCCAGACUUCAGAACAAGACAAGGCAAGUUUCGAGCGCCCAAGGCGCGAGCCGCUGGGGGGAAGGGGGAUGGGGGCAUGCCCCCCCCCGAAAAUUUUGAAAUCUAGAGACUCAGAAAUGCUCUGUUAAGCAUUUUCCGUGGCAUUUUUCUUCAGAAAAGUCAAUCUUGGGCCAAAAUCAAGACGAGGCAAUUGCCUCGUCUUACCUCAUGCUGGCUACGGCCCAGAUAUGUCGAGUGAUCUAAAGAACCAACAGACCAAAAUUCUGGUUUGGAAAAGCGAACGAAUGUCAAAGGUAGAAGGCAAGAGUAUUGCCUUCUGCCUUUGACGCACUUUGACUAGAUUAACUUAAAAAGCAAAUCUUAGUUGUAUAAGAAGUGGUCACAAAGAGUCAGACAAAGCUAAAGAGGACAUAACUCACCCUAAAUGGGACUUACUAAUGAUUUCGAGCCCUCAUCAGUAAAGAAUAUAGUUGUUUAAUCUCUGGUCGCAUUUUAACUCUUUGUAGGGCUUAAGUUUUUCAAAGAGUAACGAUAAGCUUUAGUAAGCAAGAUAUGCGUACGUAAAGCUCUUCCAAUAGAACUUUACUACACCUAAACUUAAGCGUUUUUCUUCCUUAAAAUCAUUAUGCUGCGCAAUCUUUUGCAUUGCUGUUGGAAAAAUGGUUUGAGUGAAUCAGUGAGCCAUAAAAAACCUUUAAAACUUUCUUGCUAUAUAAAUUAUUUAUCACGUCUAAAUAAAGACGUGUAUUGAUGUCUUGCAUUGAACAAUAGCUUAAAAUUACCCUAAUUACUUGUCUGUUUUGCAAUUAUAAUGCUUGUAACGCUUUGGCUACCCAAAGGCAAACAAUUUUGCGGUCCAAACGGAUUCGUUGCUAGGAGUUAACUAGUAAGUAGGUUUUUCAGAGAGAAAGUAUUUCAGCACGCUUCAAAAUCUUUCGUCAUCUGAGAUGAUGCGUGAAAAUUUGAUGAAAAACUAAUGAAAUUUUACGAUGCGCUUUUGUAGUUGUUGAUCCUACAAUCGAGGCACUGAAGCAGUUCCGUUAAGUGACAGCCUUAAGUUAUACCACUAAUAUCACACUGUUUAUAUAGUUAUAGCUAGCGUUUAGCCUUUUAUAUAGAACUCAAAUCGAAGUGUUUCUACCCACACAGCGACCUUAUUAUUGGGAAUGUUUAAUUUGACUGUUAAAAAUGAAGCUCACACUGUGGAAGCUCAUCUCCGCCUGCUCUUUCAGUUUUUAAGUUUAAUACAUACAGCUGCAGUUUAGUUCAUAAACUAAUUACCGUGUUAGCUGGAUUCUAUUUGAAAAGGAUGUAGGUAUAAAUCUAAUUUCUCUCGGCUUUAUUUGUGUGGAAUGGCCUCAUGCAAUCGAAAGCGAUGAAGGAGCGUUACGCUUUCGUAAUUACGUAGCGAUUGCCAACUGCGGAUGAACCAUGAAUAGUAAAUCAACCUUAAAUUAACAUAAUCAGAGCGAUUGUUUGCAUUUUCCUUUUUCCGUUUUCAGACCGUCAAAAACACCCAUGGACGUUCAAGAUCUAACGUACAUCGUUUUAGCAUUAUUAGGGUUGGUUUGCGUAUGCCAGGUUCUCCUGUGUAUCUUCGCAAUUUACCUCCAUGUACACCUCCAGAAAGUUCAUAACAAACUCGAAGAUAUUCGUCAGAUACAAAUCGAGUUUAACAACCGGCGUAACACGCUAGGAUCGCCGCACUUGAGAGAUAUGUUGCCUCUAAGAGCUGGUGCUAGGCCGACCGCUGGGGAAUCUAUUACUUUGCUACCACGGAAUCCACAUCCACCGAUACCGGAACACUUUAUAAACACGGAAGCACAGGCGGGAGAAAAAAAAUCAACUAAAGACGCUGAAAAUGAAAAGAAAAACCUUGACAGCAUUAACGAAGGUUUCGAAGCUGAAUGAACCCAGUGAAGAAAUGAUAAAUAUUUCGAUACUGAAAGAAAAACAUAGAAAAGCGUUCUUCGUUGUUUGAUAAAAUGCCGGAACCAAGAUCUGGAUUGUUUAAUCGUGAUUCGUUGCGGUUGGGGAGGUUGACUGCCAAGGCACCAGCUGGUAUCGUUCCUGCCGGCAACUUUCCUGGAGAAGCUGAUUAUCAUCGGUUGCAGAACUGAAAUGAUUCAUGGCUGUAAGAAAUACAGUCACAUGUCUUUGGAAGUAGUAGGUGUACACCCACAAGGAAAGGUUUUCGCUAAGAGGUCUUCAUCAGUAAAUAAGGCACAAUAUUUUGUCACCUGUUCAGAUCUAAUAACGUCAGUCGUUCGCCACUUUUCUUUAUCUGCAAAUGCGGAAGUGCUAAUUAUGAUGAAAUUUGGCUUAAUAUCUGCAAUAUCGUUACGGACAAGAUAUCAAUCGAACCAUUAAUUAAAUUCUUGCUUUAAGCUCUGGUGGGGGAACACGAGGUGCAGCUGGUGAGCCUCCUAAUGGAAAAAUGGAACUGCGACCUGCAGUAAAGAUUGCGUAGAUCAUCUUUGGACGACAGCUACACGACACUAUGAUUGGAGAAUGCUAACGUUUUUUUUUCUGCGUGCUGAUUAGAAAUUUUGGGCGACUGCAGAUGGCGAUAUAGCGGGUUAGAUCCCCUCAUUUAAGGAGUGGAAGGGGGGCCUUUGCCCCUAUAAUUUUUCAGAAAGGAACAUUCUUACUUGUACUUGUAUUUAAACUCAUAUACGUUGUGGUUAAAAAGUGACACAAUUAAUCCCAGCCACUGCUCUGCUCUUGUAGACACGUUACAAUCCAUCAAUGAUUACUGCUUGAGAUCUCCAGGGAAGAAUGGCAGCCUAAAGAUAAGUUGGAUUUGUAAGGACAAAUGAAAGGGAAAACGCUCGCGUUUCUACCGGUAACACUCUUCCUUAAUACCGUCAAAACACCCAGUCCAGAUAAUGAAUCACUCAAUUAACCUCAGACGAUCUCCUUCACCGCAACAUGGAAUUUCUGCCUCUACCUAUCUCAAUUAUGCUUAAUUUCAUUUGUAAAUAAAGACUACUGUUUUUCAUUA